AUGUGGGAAAAAUACUGCCUGCGUCCAACGCAGGGCACCGUCUCCACCACCAUCCCAGUUUUCAUCUAUGGCACAGCCUGGAAAAAAGACCGCAGUGCAGAUUUAGUCUACAAUGCAAUCAAAGCUGGGUUCCGGGCUGUGGAUACAGCGGCCCAGCCUCGCCAUUAUCAAGAGCAUCUCGUCGGCGAUGGUAUCCGCAGAGUCAUUGCCGAUAAGAUCGUUGGUCGAAAGGAUUUAUAUGUGAGGAAAAUUGCCAUUUUUGAUAUUCCAGACAGCCAGACAGCUAAUAAUAGCCAGGUACAAACAAAAUUCAGUCCUGUAUCGGCACAAGACCCAGAGAAUAUGCCAUAUGAUGCUUCUGCGCCGGUGACGGAACAGGUCCAUGCAUCGAUCAAAUCAUCUUUGCAGAAUCUUCGCUCAGAGAGUGAUCCCAGUUCGGUGGAUGAGGCCUACAUUGACACCGUAGUCAUCCACUCGCCUCUAUCAACUCUCGCACAAACGCUAGAGGCCUGGCACGCUCUGGAAACCUAUGUCCCCCACCGCAUCCGUAAUCUAGGAAUCUCUAAUUGCACAUUACCCAUGCUGCGGGAGCUCUGCACUUCAAGCCAAACGACCGUGAAGCCAUCAGUGGUUCAGAAUAGGUUCUACGAGGAUACUUUGUUUGAUGUUCCCCUGAGAGCGUUCUGUCGCGAGAACCAAGUUAUUUACCAAAGCUUUUGGACUUUGACAGCAAAUCCGGACCUUGUGCGCUCUGAACCUGUGCAAGUUCUUGCUCGUCAUGUCAAUAUCACCCCAGCUGCUGCUUUCUAUAGUCUUGUUAUGGGUCUGGAAGAUGUGACCGUGCUGAAUGGGACUAAGAAUGAUGAGCGUAUGGCGGAGGACUUGGCUGCCCCGAAAAAAGUUGAGGACUUUACUAUGAGGGAACCCGAAUUGUGGCAGCAGAUAUUAUCGAAAUUCCGACAAUUGAUCGGUGAACCUUCGACGUAA